GGGACGGAAGAUAAGGAAGAAGAAAAAAAGGUUUCCUUGAGGUUUGCAAUCACCAGUAACAUACUGUAUUGUACGACCACAACAUUUACUCCACUGACGAAGCAUCCUCAAUCUAGCCUAUCGCAAUCCCUUACUCAUCUCCAUCGAAUUCUAGAGGAGAGACGAUGCUACGGGGUGGGCUAUUAAUCGGUCGCCGACUUACCCUCCAGCAGAGUCCUCUUGCUGGACGGCUUGCUCGACGAAGUUAUGCCACCACCGAUUUUCGCCAACUACCUCAACCCGGGGACAAACUCAAUGGAUUUACGGUUCGAAAGGCAAAGAGUGUCCCCGAGCUUGAGUUAGCGGCAGUCCAGCUUGUCCAUGAUAAGACUGGUGCUGAUUAUAUGCAUGUUGCGAGGGAGGAUAAGAACAACGUUUUCGCCAUCGGGUUCAAGACAAACCCGGAUGAUGAUACCGGUGUACCGCAUAUCCUGGAGCAUACAACUUUGUGCGGAUCAAAUAAAUAUCCCGUUCGUGAUCCAUUUUUUAGAAUGUUAAAUCGAAGUUUAUCGAAUUAUAUGAAUGCCUUCACUUCGAGCGACCAUACCACCUACCCAUUUGCCACCACAAAUGCUGUCGAUUAUGAGAACCUAAGGGAUGUCUAUCUUGAUGCAACACUUCAUCCUUUACUCAAAGAAACCGACUUCAGGCAAGAGGGCUGGCGGAUUGGACCAGGGGAUGUCGCAGAUCCUAAAUCACCUCUCCUUUUCAAAGGGGUUGUCUAUAACGAAAUGAAAGGGCAGAUGUCUGAUGCUUCGUAUCUCUUUUACAUUAGAUUUCAGGAUCACAUCUUCCCAAGUAUCAACAACAGCGGAGGGGACCCCGAAAAGAUAACGGACUUGACAUUGAAAAAUUUGAGAGAAUUCCACAAGAAACACUAUCAUCCUUCAAACUCGAAGAUCUUCACAUAUGGGGAUAUUCCCAUCGAGACUCAUCUCAAGAAACUUAGCGACAGAUUGAGUGCUUUCGAAAAGAUAAGAGCUGAUCAAGAGCUUCUCGAACCAAUAAAACUCGAUGCGCCGCAAAGACUACGAGUUUAUGGGCCGCAUGAUCCACUCAUGGACAAGGAUUCUCAGCACAAGAUCUCCGUAUCCUGGAUCAUGAACAAUACCUCCGAUAUUGUCGAGACCUUUUCGCUGAGGAUUCUAUCUAACCUUCUGCUUGAUGGAUAUGGUUCGCCAAUGUAUCGAGGUCUUAUUGAAGCCAAACUUGGAUCAAACUUUUCACCAAACACUGGAUACGAUACCAGUUCUAAGACUGGUAUAUUUUCGGUCGGGCUGCAGAAUGUUAGGCAAGAACAUGUUCAACAAGUAGAAGAUACGAUCCACCGAGUCCUACAGGAGAUGUGUGCCAAGGGUUUUGACCCCAAAAAGGUUGACGGAGUAUUGCAUCAACUAGAGUUGGGAUUGAAACACAAAACUGCCGACUUUGGGAUGUCAAUUAUGCAAAGUCUCACAUCUGGCUGGUUUAACGGCGUGGAUCCGCUCGAGGCCUUGUCGGUUGAAGAAACAGUUUCAAAGUUUAAAGAAUUAUAUGCCAAGGGCAGGUAUCUUGAAGGGCUGCUCGAGAAAUAUUUUCUUAACAAGAAUACUUUCACCUUUACCAUGGCCCCCGAUCGAGAUUACUCGGAGGCCCUUGUAACUGAAGAAGCCACCCGGUUGAGCAGGGAGAUCGCAAAAUUUGGUGGCGAGAUGGCGGCGCGAGAGAUACUGACAAAGCAGGAAGCUGAAUUAGCGGAGAUUCAAGAGCGGGCUAAGAAACAAGAUGUGAGCUGUUUGCCAACGUUGAAGGUGGAAGACAUCCCGAGGAACAUGGAAAUGAAGGAGCUGAAAACUGGGGAGAUUGAGGGCGUGCCAGUGCAGUGGAGGAUUGCUCCUACCAAUGGUAUUACUUAUUUUAGAGCUGUUAGCGGUUUCAAGGACCUCCCGGAGGAGCUGAGAGUGUAUUUGCCAUUAUUCACCGAGGCAAUCCUCCGACUUGGCACUGGGAAGCGUUCGAUGGAGGAGGUAGAAGAUGAGAUUAAACUCAAGACGGGCGGUAUAAGGGCGUCGACUCAUGUUUCGACUAAUCACUCGAAUCUUGAAGUCACAGAAGAAGGGCUUGUUUUCUCAGGAUUUGCACUGGACAACAACAUACCAGACAUGUUUGAGCUUUUGCGGACGGUGCUGCUGGAGACAAACUUUGCCCAAGUGUCUAAGCUUCGAACAUUGGUUCACGGAAUUGCCAGUGGUUUUGUGAAUAGCCUCGCAGUGAGUGGUCAUGCGUAUGCUAGGAGGCUGACAUCCGGAACUACUAAGAGCCCCGAAGCCAAUGAAGUGCUUGGAGGUAUGACGCAGGUGAGGUUGAUCAGUAAUAUGGCUGCCACCGAGGUUUACAAUGAAGCUCUAGCGAGAUUAAAGGAGAUCGCCGAGUUCGCAGCGCGAAAAGACCAUCUUAGGGCUUCGAUAAUUUGUAGUGCUGGUGCCGCCUCGGCGAACGAGUCCGCUCUUGCGAAGUUCCUUGGGAGUCUUCCGAAGGUGGAGUCACCUGUCGCGAAUAAACCACUGUUUGAUUUUGUGGCACCAGCCAAGGCCUUCUUCCCAUUACCAUACCAGGUUUCUUAUACUGCAAUGUGUGUGAAGACAGUUCCUUACACCAACAAGGACGGGGCGUCAUUGCAAAUGCUAGCUCAGCUCUUGACACACAAACACCUCCAUCAUGAGAUUAGGGAGAAAGGAGGGGCGUACGGAGCUGGUGCGUUCCAUCGGGGCGCUGGUGGUGUAUUUGGACUUUAUUCUUACCGAGAUCCAAACGUGUCCAAUACACUUAAAACCAUGGAGGGCGCCGGAGAGUUUGCGCUGGGGAAUGACUGGACUGCGAGAGACUUGGAAGAAGCUAAGUUGAGCGUCUUCCAAGGUGUUGAUGCACCAACGUCUGUAAGUGACGAAGGAAUGAUCAAUUUUAUGGACGGAAUUACUGAUGAUAUGAGACAAACGCGACGAGAGCAACUCCUUGAUGUUGGAGUGAACGAUAUCCGCGACGUUGCCCAACGAUAUCUUAUUAACCAAUUACAAAGGAUGUCUGCAGUUGCAGUCUUGGGCGAGAAGAAAGACUGGGCGACACCGGAAGAGGGUUGGGAUGUAUUCCCUCUAAACAUCAAGCCUGAUGAACCGGAGAAGGUCAAGCUAUAAGAUGUUGUAGCAGCCGGUGGGUAUGAUUACUAAAUGUACACCGCCAAUUUCUGUAACUAUUUUACACUUUAGUGGACACAAACGCCUCUCUUAUA